AUGGCGGACCAUCGAUACCGGCCGUCAGGGUCGGGGCGACGAUCCCCUACGUUUAAUCCAGCCCGGGCUUCUUUGCCCGUAGGCGUUGGCUACAAUUCACUCUACAACGGGGACCUCCACGCCGUUCCAACGGGCCGGUACGAUGCCGCAGUUCCUCGACGCACUGGCGACCACCAUCAUCGCCCCGCGACAACUACGAUUACAACCUAUAACGUUACGAAGGAACCUAUUUCACGAACCACCAGCCUACGCGAUCCUAGCCGGACUCGGCACCGGUCAUCAACGAUUGAUACCGGCUCGGUUAAGCCCAUCAUCGUAACUACAAACCACAGUCGCCCUCACAAUAGCAACACUCCGUCCACGCAUACUUCUUCUAGCACAUCGCGGAGACCUGAAAGUCCAAGUAGAGACCCCUACAGGUCUAGCGAGGAGACCUAUUACACUCAGCCAGCAUCUUCAAUCCGAUCCCGUAGCCACCAACGACAUCACAGCGCAAACUAUGAGCAGGACGAUUUCUACCGAAUGAGAGAGCGGAUGGGGGGCAAUGACCGCCUUCAUACCCCUGCAAGACCCCACAGCCGGCAAGGCAUGUACGCCAAUAAUCCGAGGGCCAGCGCCACCGGUUUUGCGGAAGACUAUGAAUAUACCAAGCCAAGUGACCUGGCCAGAUACGAUCUGGAUCAUGACCGGCCUCGCAGCCGGGCUGGUCGUCGUGAUAGUUUCGACCGUGGCGCAAACUAUUAUCGACCGUCCGUCAACGUGGUGACGAACGAGGUCGUGAGCCGCCCCGAACGUCGAGCACCCCCUACCUCCGGUGCACUCGAUAGGUACAACAAAAACGCCGCGGCCGGUAUAUAUGAGCGAGGGUCUGUGGCAAUGCCCGCCCUGCCACCCUCUGUGCCGGCUGCACCACCAGUUGACCCUGCCCGGAGGUCGGGUCUACUCGACCCACCAGCUAGUCCUUCGGUUGAUCGGCGAAGUAGCACACGUCCUCGCCCUAUCUCGCUGUAUCAGGACCCUGCUCCUCGCACGGAUGAUCUAUCGUAUCGUCCCCGCGAUGAAAGCGUUCUUAGGGACCGCCGCGAGCGUGAUCGUGGAGAGGAAAUCUACCGCGAUGACGCAGUUGCAUCACGGGGUUUUGGGCUUCGCCCAGAACUAUUGGACCAAGGCGAACACCGUCGUCCCAUCGAGCCAGAGCGGCGAGACUUUGACGAGCAUCGCUCGCGUAGGGAUUACGAGCCUCGUGAACCGAAGCGUAGAUCGGACGAAGAUCUUGACAAACUGCGAGGUCGCCACGAGCUAAGACCAUCUGAAGCCAGAGAGAGACCUCGCGUUGAGGAGAGCAGAGAGCGUAAGGAUAAUAAAGGCGACAAGAUGCGUGACAAGGUUGUUGCAGGAUUGGGCGUCGCCGCCGCCGCAAUUGGACUCGGUGCAGGCAAAGAAAAGGAGAAAGAAGAAAAAGAUGUUCGCGUAUCUCCCCGGCGACGAAGGGACUCUGAGCUCGCCGAGCCAGAGCCUCUCGGGUCACGUGCCGCAGAUCGCUAUAAACCACGCGAUGCAGACAUCGAACGAAGAUCUUCCCCACGUGAGGAUCCUGUCGUGGUAGAGCGACGUGGGUCUCCAAAGGAACGCUCUGAUCGACGAGAAGAAUCUGUUUCUCGUGAUCGCGAGAGAGAGCGCGAGAAAGAGCGCGAACGCGAACGCGAACGUGACAGAGAGCGCGAAAAGGAGCGCCAAAGGGAGAAGGAGCGUGAGCGAGAGCGAGAGAGAGAUCGUGAGCGGGAAAGAGAACGAGAAAUUGAUCGGGAGCGAGACCGUAGUCGACGUGAUACAGAAGCCAAACUUACCGGCGUGAAAUCAAACACGAGGGACGUCUCACCUCAUUCGGAUGAUUCAGCCGCCGGGGCUAGUCGUCGGCGUCAUCGUGCUUCUACCUUCGAUCCUACUGACACCAAGGGGCUGAUGGACUUGAAGGCCGAGCUGGCCGCUAUAGACCAUGAGAAGCCCAAGGAGAAGGAAAGGCCGACUGCUAGAGGCCGGGAAGCUGAGACUGUCAUCCCAGCAGGGCCUGAUAGGCAAACCGCCUCAGGUCGAGAACGAUCGCGUGGCCGGGAUGAUUCUCGAUCGCGUCAUCGGGACGAGUCUCGCAGCCGGGAAUUGGCUCUAGUCGACGCUGAGCAGAAGCAAGUCCGCGUUGUAUCACCACCACGCGACAAGAAGGACGAGAAGCCAAUCAAGGGCAUCUUGAAGCAGCCUACAUCACAAUUUCCUGAGGAGAACAAUCCGGUUCGCGAAGGUGUUGCACCCCAUAAAGAUGACAAGACCAAAAAGGAUGUACCCCAGGGUGCUCGUUGGACCAAGAUCAAUCGUCGAAUGGUCAACCCCGAAGCCUUGACAAUCGGAAAGGAGCGGUUUGAGGUGCGUGAUGACUUUGUCAUCGUGCUUCGUGUUCUGAGCAAGGAGGAAAUCCAGGCAUACGCCACUGCUACUGCUCAAUUGCGAGAGAUGCGACGUAAGGAACAUGAGCGUGACCAGGGUGACCGUGACUCUGAUGAUCGUGGUCGUGAGCGCGACGAGGAAGACCGCAGAAGACGUCAUCGGCACCGUCGCGAAGAGGAGGAAGGCGCCAGAGACCGUGAUGCAGAUCGUGACCGUGAUCGCCAUCGUCGUCAGAGACGUGACGAUGAAGUCGAAAAGCCCCUCGCCCUCGAGUACGACGAUCACAGCCGUCACCACCAUCAGCGUUCUUACCGGGACAGGGACCUGGAGACUAUUGCGAGCAGCACUGAUGAUAGGAGAUGA